AUGUGCUGUGGAAUAUUCUGUCUCUUUGAUUUCAGACCAGGUGUGUGCAUACCUCAAGAACCAACAGUAAGCUCCAUUAAUAGUUCUACAUGUGCUGUGGAAUACUCUGUCUCUUUGAUUUCAGACCAGUGUGUGUGCGUACCUCAAGAACCAACAGUAAGCUACAUUAAUAGUUCUACAUGUGCUGUGGAAUAUUCUGUCUCUUUUAUUUCAGACCAGUGUGUGUGCGUACCUCAAGAACCAACAGUAAGCUCCAUUAAUAGUUCUUCAUGUGCUGUGGAAUAUUCUGUCUCUUUGAUUUCAGACCAGUGUGUGUGCGUACCUCAAGAACCAACAGUAAGCUACAUUAAUAGUUCUACAUGUGCUGUAGAAUAUUCUGUCUCUUUGAUUUCAGACCAGUGUGUGUGCGUACCUCAAGAACCAACAGUAAGCUACAUUAAUAGUUCUACAUGUGCUGUGGAAUAUUCUGUCUCUUUUAUUUCAGACCAGUGUGUGUGCGUACCUCAAGAACCAACAGUAAGCCUCAUUAAUAGUUCUACAUGUGCUGUAGAAUAUUCAGUCUCUUUGAUUUCAGACCAGUGUGUGUGCGUACCUCAAGAACCAACAGUAAGCUACAUUAAUAGUUCUACAUGUGCUGUGGAAUAUUCUGUCUCUUUUAUUUCAGACCAGUGUGUGUGCGUACCUCAAGAACCAACAGUAAGCCUCAUUAAUAGUUCUACAUGUGCUGUAGAAUAUUCAGUCUCUUUGAUUUCAGACCAGUGUGUGUGCGUACCUCAAGAACCAACAGUAAGCUACAUUAAUAGUUCUACAUGUGCUGUGGAAUAUUCUGUCUCUUUUAUUUCAGACCAGUGUGUGUGCGUACCUCAAGAACCAACAGUAAGCCUCAUUAAUAGUUCUACAUGUGCUGUAGAAUAUUCAGUCUCUUUGAUUUCAGACCAGUGUGUGUGCGUACCUCAAGAACCAACAGUAAGCUACAUUAAUAGUUCUUCAUGUGCUGUAGAAUAUUCUGUCUCUUUGAUUUCAGACCAGUGUGUGUGCGUACCUCAAGAACCAACAGUAAGCUCCAUUAAUAGUUCUACAUGUGCUGUGGAAUAUUCUGUCUCUUUUAUUUCAGACCAGUGUGUGUGCGUACCUCAAGAACCAACAGUAAGCUCCAUUAAUAGUUCUUCAUGUGCUGUGGAAUAUUUUGUCUCUUUGAUUUCAGACCAGUGUGUGCGUACCUCAAGAACCAACAGUAAGCUACAUUAAUAGUUCUGCAUGUGCUGUAGAAUAUUCUGUCUCUUUGAUUUCAGACCAGUGUGUGUGCGUACCUCAAGAACCAACAGUA